GUUGCCUGGUGACCGCCGUAAACGGAGACCUGGGGCGGGCGCCGGGACCAGGAACGCGCGGCCGUGCUCCGUGCUUCGGAGGAAAUGAAGGAACCAGGGGAUCAGGAUACUGAUGGGAGGAGAUUAGAUAAACCAAAGAGUGAUGGGAAGCGGUCUCUGAGCUCCUUGAAGUCUGCAUCAAAAUUUGCUGUGAGAGAGGAUGCCACAGAUGAAACAUUUGUUGAAGGGGGAGAAUCAUAUUUAGAGGAUGAUGAUUAUGAUACGGAACGUUUGGAGGGAAGUUCAGGUUCAUUUCACUAUGACUAUGUGGAUAACAUUGGAGACUCUCAGUAUGUGGAAGCCCUUGCUCCAGCCUCCGAAGAGGUGGAGGAAGAAGUUAAGAAGAAAAUCUCAGAGAACUUCUUCUACGACUAUACGGAACUUAUUUCGAUGCCUUUUGUGACUCCAGAUUCGAACAUACCACUGGAUCUUCUCACACUUGUUCAUUCCUUUGGUUACGACUGCAGAAAGCGGGCCAACCUACAACUUCUGGACAGCAAUACUGUGAUCUACAUAGCUGGGAACCAGCUGAUCUUUCUGAAUUUGAAAACCAAGGAACAGAUGUACCUGCGAAGUAGCAGUGGUAGAGGAAUUGGUGUCAUUGGGGUACAUCCUGAUAAAACUUACUUCACAGUAGCUGAAAAAGGAGUUUUCCCAAAGAUUAUCAUCUAUGAGUAUCCUUCUUUGAAGCCCUACAGAAUCCUUCAAGAUGGGACUGAGCUGGGCUAUGCUUAUGUGGAUUUUGACAACAGUGGUACCUUGCUAGCUUCUGUUGGCAGCAGCCCUGAUUACACACUGACCAUCUGGAAUUGGAAAGAAGAACAGCCCAUACUGAGGACAAAAGCUUUUUCCCAGGAAGUUUUUAAGGUUACUUUCAAUCCCGAAGAUGAUGAGCAGCUUACUACAUCGGGAUCAGGCCACAUCAAGUUCUGGGAAAUGGCUCUAACAUUCACUGGUCUCAAGCUUCAGGGCUCAUUGGGUCGAUUUGGCAAAACAGCCACUACUGAUAUAGAAGGUUACAUGCAGCUCCCAGAUGGGAAGGUGCUCUCAGGAUCAGAGUGGGGCAACAUGCUGUUGUGGGAAGGUGGCCUCAUCAAGGUUGAGCUCUGUCGAGCUGCAAGGAAGUCUUGUCAUCAGGGUCCCAUUAACCAGAUAAUGCUGGAUGAGGGCGAAGUUAUCACCAUUGGGGCAGAUGGAUGUAUUAGGAUCUGGGAUUUUGAGACAGUAGACACUGCUGAUUCUAUUGAUGAUACUGGAUUGUUAGAGAUCGAGCCCAUUAAUGAACUUCAAGUAGGCAAGAAUGUCAAACUCUUCUCAAUGAUAAAAAUGAACGAGAUUGGAAGUAAUUUUUGGUUGGCUCAGGAUGCCAAUGGAGCCAUAUGGAAGCUUGACCUUAGUUUUUCAAAUAUUACUCAAGAUCCAGACUGCCUCUUCUCCUUCCAUUCUGGAGCUGUUGAAGCCUUGGCAGUCUCUCCCCUCACUUACCUCAUGGCCACUACUGCCUUGGAUUGCUCUGUUCGAAUCUAUGAUUUUGCUAGCAAAACUCCUUUGGCUCAGAUGAAAUUCAAACAGGGAGGUACUGCCCUUGCUUGGGUACCCCAACUGGUAAGCUACACUGGAGCACAGAUUAUUGCAGGAUUCGAAGAUGGGGUGGUUCGAAUUCUUGAACUUUACGAUCCAAAAGGACUCACAAUUUUUGCAGGACGGAAGAAAAUUUCUGAUGCAGAUAUUAUUCUGAAACAGGUUUUUAAACCCCAUACCGCUCGUGUUACUGCCUUAGCUUAUGAACGUGAUGGAGAAAUUCUAGCUACAGGGAGUAAAGAUCAAACCGUCUUCUUCUUUGAGGUAGAAAAGGAUUAUAAGCCAAUAGGAUAUAUUACUACUCCUGGACCUGUUCGCCAGUUAGUAUGGUCUUCGAACUCCCAUCCUGACAGUACUUUACUGAUUAUCUGUGAGAAUGGCUAUGUUCUUGAAACGCCACUUCCAACCAUAAAGGAAGAAGAGGAAAAUCGUGAUGUAGUUUCCUAUGAAAUCAAAGACAUGGACAUAAAAUAUUUUCAUUUCUCAAGUGUCAAGUCUAAGAUUCUGCGAUUAAUAGAAAUAGAAAAGAGAAAGACAUUAAGGGAUUUGAAGAAGAAGGAGAAGGAAGAAAGGAGGAAGCAGCUAGCAGCAGAGAUGGGAGAAGAUGGAGAAAAGGAACUCCAAGUAGAGGAGGAGGAGGAGGAGGAAGAAGAAGAGGAGCCAUUACCUGAAAUCUUUAUUCCAUCAACUCCCUGUCACAUCCUCUGUGGAUUUUACUCUGAGCCAGGGAAGUUCUGGGUUUCUUUGGGUGGCUAUGAUGCUGGUUUUCUGUAUCACUGUGAGUUCCCCUUGUAUGACCAGAGUACUGCUAUCACAAAAAAGAAAGAUGAACCUUUUGAUUUUCGUCUUCUUGAAGAUACAGAGGAUAAUCCCAUCCAAACUAUCACUUUCAGCAUUCACCAAGAUUUGAUGUUUUGUGGAAUGCAAAAUGGAGCAAUUCGAGUCUAUAUCCUAAGUCAAAAUAAGCCUUCAUUGAUUAAUACAGAGUACUACUGGCACUUCAAUAUCCAUGACAAUAAUUAUGGAUGUAUUAAAGGCAUCUGUACUAGUUUUGAUGACCGUUUCUUGGUGACUACUGGAGCAGAUAGUAAUAUCUUUGUUUUCACAAUUUUUUCUGAAUUUGAGCUAAAGAAAGACAUCAAAGCCCAAGUGCCAUCUCCUAGGUUUGGAAUUGAAACAGAGCCAAUUCCAGAAGAUAUUGAAGAUCCCAAAGCCUAUAGUAUUGAGAAUGCUAGAAGAAAAAGACAACAGGACAAGUUAAUGAAAGAAGUGGAAGAAAUAAAGGCUGGGAAGAGAGAAAAACUCAAAGCUUUGAGGAAUGAAUUUUGGAAACUUCUAGAAAUGAAUCAAGGAUUACCAAAGCAUAUGCAGUUUAAGCGAACAGAUUUUGAUAUAGAUUCCAAAAUUCGUGCUGAGAUUGGCAGGAAAACAGCUUUUAAAAUUCAACAAGUAGAAAAAGAAUUAGCUUGGGAAAAAGAGAAACAUCAGAUUGGCCUCAUGAAACUACAGAAUAGAUUUCGUGAGUCAUUGGAAAGUGAUACUAUUGUGGUUCAUGCCAUACAAAGUGAUCACAAGAUAUCCUCCUAUAGGCUUGUGAAGCCCUCUAAGUAUUCCAAGUCCAAGCGAACAAGUCUGUCAGACAGAAGAACAAGCAAACUGGAGAGGUUGGAAAAAGAAGGAGCUGGAAGGAAAGAUAGCCAGAAAGAUACAGGUGGGAACAUUAGUGUGCCAGAAGAAUCAAUUAUAGAGAAAGGGAAGAAAUUUCGGCCUAAAACCUUGAGUGAAAUUAUGGUGGAAAAUCAAAUUGAGAAAACAAGGAAACUUAUAUUAAAAGCUGAAAGGGCCCAACUUAAGAUUCAGCAACGAAAAAAAGAAUGGGAGGAACUGUACAAGAGUAAGCCUCAGGAUGACUUCGAAGAUCCCAGAGAUGUUCAAGCCAUCAAGGAGGCUCAGUUGUAUAUGGGAGACUUCAAUCUGAAGACAGCCAUAGACUAUAAGAUACCCGAGCACAUGAGAAUAAAUGCUGCCAAGAAGGAAGAGGAACUGGGACACCUAGACACCCUGGCCCACUCAAAGAAAAAGAACAUGAACAAAUGUAUCCUCUCUCUUCGAGACCUUAAAGUGGCUGUCAUUGAGGAAAUACAGUGCCUGGUUCAGGAACUGAAGAGUAUCCAAUCAACUCUUCAUGUGUCUAAGCACAUUCCUAUUCCCCAAGUCCCCCAGAUACUCCCGGAAGAAGUUCCAGAAAAGAGAUUUCAGUAUGAUGAGGAAACUCUCCUAAAUUUUAAGCGACAGCAGAUCAAGAUUCAGGAUGAAACGUCCUCCCAGCUGGAAAAGGGAGAGUCUGCUAUCUCAGGUGGAGGAUUCCUCAGACUCUCUUCUAGAAAGGACAGUGAUUUGACGACAAGAGAUUCAUUGUCUAGAUCAUCGAAGGCAUCAUCAUUCAGUGUAGAUGCUGUGAAGUUUUUGGAAUUUGAAAAAGCAGAUCCAAUUGAUAUAGAGCUGGAAGUUAUGAAAAGGGAUGAGAUUAAACAUUUGUACAUGCAACAGUAUUUAACUAACAGGAUCAAAGAACUGAUAGUCACUUUUGAUGCAGAACUCCAUCUUCUGAGACAUCAGAAACUGAAACUAGAUACUCAGAUGAAAUUAUCUGACCUUCACCAUGUCACAUUAUUUCAAGAAAUGCUUCUCCUCAAGAAUUUUGAAAAACAGGAGAACAUACUUCAAGAGCGUGUUAAUUCAUUAGACAAAGAAGAACAGGAUAUGCAGUGGAAAAUAAAUGAAACUCUUAAAGAGAUGGAAGAGAAAAAGAAUGAAAUUGCCAAGCUCCAGGACCAAGAAAAAGCACUCUAUGCUGGCUUCCAAGCAGCCGUUGGAGAAAACAAUAAAUUUGCUAAUUUCCUAACGAAGGUCCUAAAGAAGAGAAUUAAGCGGGUGAAGAAAAAGGAGGUUGAAGGAGAUGCCGAUGAAGAUGAAGAAAGUGAUGAAUCAAGUGAAGAAGAAUCUAGCUUAGAGAGUGAUGAAGAUGAGUCUGGAUCUGAUGAUGAGGUUUUUGAUGAUUCUAUUUGCCCAACAAAUUGCGAUGUGGGUCUUUUUGAAUUGGCCCUUCAACUUCGAGAGAAAAGGCUGGACAUUGAGGAGGCCUUAGUGGAAGAAAAGAAAAUUAUCGAUAACCUCAGAAAGGAACAUGAUACACUAUCCAAAAAAGUAAAAGUUGUGGCAGCUAACCUGAAUGUAGCAGAGGAGGCCCUGGAGGCUUACCAACGGGAGAAGCAGCAGCGGCUGAACGAACUGCUCGUGGUGAUUCCACUCAAGCUCCACCAGGUAGAGCAUAUAGUAUUUGGAGAAAUUCCUAAUGAUCUUUCUGGAACCUUGGUCUUUUCUAACCAUUCCUUGGGACGCCUGCAAGAACGAAUCAUACAGCUCCAUGAGGAAAAUUCCAAGCAGCAAAAACUUAACAAGGAAUGUCGGGAGAGGCGCAAACAGCUUAUCCGAGAAAAGAGAGAGAUGGCAAAAACUAUAAGCAAAAUGGAAGAAACAGUCCAUCAGCUAAUGAUCAGCAAGUUUGGCCGUGUGAUAGACCUAGAAGCCCUUCAGACACUUUCUGUGAACACAACGCUUGAAGAGCUAAAGAUCAAAAAACUUCGAAAGGAGCUAACGAAUGCAAAGGAAAUGAAGAUGUGGGAGGAAAAGAUUGCUCAGGUGCGAUGGGAGUUGAUGAUGAAGACAAAAGAACACACCAAAAAGCUUCAUCAGAUGAACGAUUUAUGUAUUGAAAAGAAGAAACUUGAUUCUCGGUUGAAUACACUACAGAACCAGCAGGGCAAUGCCUUCCAGGGCCCUCGGAAAGCAGAUAUUGUGGCAAGACAGAAGGUCACCGAAUUGAUCCAGCUGCAGGCAGAAAGGAUUUCAGCCUUAAAGGAAGAGAUUGCUCUCUUGCGUAAGAAAGGUGGCCUUAUCCUCCCACCCAUUCAGCCUCCGCAAGAGGAGAUGAAGCCCAUGGGCCUUUAAGUUUGCUUUUUUCCUCAAAUCCAUCCAAGAUUUCCGACAUACGACUUACCAGAAGUCUGUUUCCUUGCUCACUGCAAUAGUCCUAUUAUUUUAAAGUGGAUUUGUUUAAAAGUCUAAGACCAGAUCUAGUCAUAUAGUAUUAAUAACUCUUCUCUAAUGUGGUUAUCUUAGAAUGGACUCUAGCCCCCAACAUCUAUUUCCCUUUGAACUGAACCAUUUUAGAUCUGUUUGGAACCCAAUGGACUGAAUAUGGAGCCUCAGAAGGCUGUAUGUAUCGCAAAACUUCAAGAAAACACCUGCAAUAUAUCUUGUAGGAAA